AGUUGCAUUUGACAUUUCUCCAAGUGACGUGCGACGUGAUUGAUGUUUAUUAAUUAUUUUUCGCUAUCUUUCGAUCUUUUGUGAUAAAAAUGGUGUUUUCUUCUAAUUCUAAUGUCUGAUUACAUAUUAUUACAGUGAAAACAAAUUUACCACACACGAUUUUUACCGCGUUCGUAACCAUCUCAUUAGACGGCUUCUGGUUGCAGAAUGGAUACCCAAGACCAGCCGAACUCCAUAUGUCACGUCCAGUCGAUCCACAUGUACCCCCUGCAACCGUCGAACGUCAAAGAUGUCCCCUUCAAUCUGCUGGCCGGCGAGACCGUCCUCGACUCCGGCGACUCCGUCGACGGCCUGGUGGUGGUCACCAACUACCGGCUCUAUUUGCUGAGCAGGAACAGGCCACAUCAUAUUCCCAUUUCGCUCAUCGAAUUCGUCGAAAUCAGGGAGCUGUUCAAUUUGCACAUCGGCUGCAAAGACGCCCGGACAUAUCUUUGCACUUUUGAGAAUAACGAAAAAUGCCAGCUUUGGUACGAUCGCAUAUUGAAGGCUGCGGAGCCGCCACGUCAAUUGGAGCAAUUAUUCGCAUUUUACCAUUGCAUAUGGUCGAAGGAAAGAGGCGGCGAGGACGUGCUGUUGCGUUUGGAAAAUCAAAGACACUACACCUUCGACAGGCGAUUAUUCGAGAACGAGAUGUGUCGCCUGGGUUUCCAAGGCCACUCGUGGAGGAUAUCCAAAGUGAAUGAGAAUUACAAAUUCUGCCCGACCUAUCCCCCUUACCUGCUCGUCCCGUCGUCUAUCAACGACGACAUGCUGGAGAGCGUCGCGAAAUUUCGAAGCUCUCGAAGAAUACCCGCCGUGGUUUGGAGGCACGCCCGGAACGGCGCCGUCAUCGUGCGAUCCAGCCAGCCGGAGGUGGGCUGGUUCGGCUGGCGAUCCGGAGAAGACGAGGACCUCAUCAAGGCCAUAUCGGAGGCGUGCAACUUCGACCGGUCCUUCAAGCACUUCGACAAAGUCGACAAGGACUCGAACCUGUCCCACUCGCCGGCCUCUUACCACUCGGACGAGUCGCUGCAAAUCACCAAUAACGUCGUUAAUUCGGAGAAGAAGUUCUUAAUAAUGGACGCCAGAUCUUACACGACGGCCGUUGCUAAUAGAGCGAGAGGCGGCGGUUGCGAGUACCCGGAAUACUAUCCGAACUGCGAUAUACAAUUUAUGAACCUCGCCAACAUACAUUCCAUCCGCAAGAGUUUUCACGCUUUACGACAGCUUUGCUCGUAUCCCGGCGGCGAUCAACCCAACUGGUUCAGUCAAUUGGAAGGCACGCGCUGGCUGGCGCACAUGUCCGGCCUGAUGAAGGCGGCGGUGACGCUGGUCGCCGCGGUGGAACGCGACGCCAGGCCGGUGCUGGUGCAUUGCUCCGACGGCUGGGACAGGACGCCGCAAAUCGUCGCAUUGGGCGAGCUCAUGCUCGAUCCCUAUUACCGUACCAUAGACGGUUUUCGUAUAUUAAUCGAGCGAGAAUGGCUGGCGUUCGGGCACAAAUUCGCCGACAGAUGCGGCCAUUCGUCGGGCAGCGACGAUCAGAACGAGAGAUGUCCCGUGUUCUUGCAGUGGUUGGACUGCGUGCAUCAGCUGCAAGUGCAAUUCCCGUGCGCAUUUGAAUUCUCCGAACUGUACUUGGUGAAACUGGUCCAGCACGUCUAUUCGAAUUUGUUCGGAACGUUCCUGUGCAACACGCAAAGGGAGCGAUCGAAGAUCGUCUACGGGAAAACGUUCGCCAUCUGGGAUUUUCUGAAUUCGCCGUGUUUCAGGAACAAUUUGUAUUCGGGUAGUUCCGGCGCCUUCAACAGGCGGGUGUUAUGGCCUCAAUGCAACAUCAGAGAUUUGUGGUUCUGGGGCGACUUGUAUUUGGGCUCGAUCGAGGAGGACGGCAACAUCGAGGAGUGCUCCAAUUUCUAUCCGGACACGCGCGAAUCGUCGCCCAGUUACAUGACGAAGACCCGAUCGUACGGCGAUUUGAUCAACGACGGCGAGAACUGCUCGUUUCACUAUCGGCGAUCCAGCGAUCCCAACAUCAAAUGCGAUCCGAAACUGGCAACGCUGAUGUCGAACGAUCCCGAUCACCUGAACUCCAACCAGCAGAACUUCCUCUCCAACUAUCUGGACGACGGCGAUUGCAACCAGGAUUGCAUGUUCAACGGCGACGCCGUCGACGCCGGCAAGAUCGGCCUGGAGGCGUCGGACUUCGUCGAACGGCUCGAACUGCGCCGCGAUCGACCGAAACCGAUCGCCGACGACGGCGUUCUGCCCUUCAACGAUGUAGCCGAAGCGGCCGAAGAGAACGGUUCGGAGCGAACGGGCGAAGGAGAGCCGGCGCGCAGUAACGGUGAUAUAAAUCAUAAUAGCGGGGGAGACGACGAGACUUUUUCGCCGCGCUGUAACGGUACGGAUAGAGACGUUGCGAACGGUGAGAGUGCGAGCGCGCCGGCGGCGGCGGCUGCGACGGCGGCGGCGUCGGCGUCGGUCGACGUCGUCGAGGCUUUUUUAGAUAUGGAACGAUCGAACGAGACCAGUACUGAGACGCUCGUGGGCGACGAGAACGUUUGCACUUUAUGUUCGACCAGUAACAGGUGUAACGGCAACGCGACAAUUAGCCAAGAUAGGGACAGUUCGAAAUAUUCGAAUUCGCCGCAUUUGACGACGGCCAGCAACGGCUGGGACAAUUCCCUGCACAAUUUGACGCAGCAACAGAACAUUUACGCCUACCAGUAUCCGCUCGGAGACGACGGUUUGGUCGUCCUCAGGUCUGUUGUACAAGAAAGGCUGAAUCAAAUUAUCGAAGAAAAUACUAGAAAAAUGGAGAUGCUUGAGAAGGAGUUGCACAUAACAAGGCAAAAUCUGAUUAAGCAAUCGCGCCUUAGAUGCAACCAUAUUGACUGUGAUCGACAAGAUGAUAAUAAUUCCGUGGUUGAAUCGACGUGUAGUACUAGUGAAGGGCAAGCCUCUGCGGCUGGUGAAUCGUUACGUUCCGACCUGUCUUGGGUGGCCGUCGACGAGGGAUCGACCGCGGAUUGUUCUCGAACGUUAUGGGUACCUGAUCACGCCGUCAGCAGGUGUACCGGUUGCAGCACGGAAUUCUGGUUGGGCAGGAGGCGGCAUCACUGUAGAAAAUGCGGUAGGAUUUUUUGCGCCGAUUGCUCGGAGAACAGCACUCCGCUGCCGUCGGAGCACCUCUACAAUCCGGUGCGGGUGUGCACGAACUGUUAUUCGGAACUACAAAGGGAUUGUUCGGAGAUUCCUAAUCAAUGCAAACAUACUAACCCGCAACCUACGAACGCGAAUACCCAAAUUGCAGCUUCAAGUAAUUAAAACAAAAAAAAAAUAUAUAUUCAUACAACAAAAGUAACGUUCUAUUAUUUAUUGAAUAAAUUUUAUUACCGUUGUUUGCGACGAUCUCGAAAGGGAGCCGCUUUACUAAUUUGUACAUUUUUGUUCAUAAGUCGUUUAGAAAUUUGUGAGUGAUUGUGCAUUUUAAAUAAUAUUUAAUACUUUUUAACAAUAUUGUCGUUAUUUAAUUGAUUAAAGUUCGUUUUAAAUCGUAAUUUUUUGUCCAAUUUAUGUUAUAUAUUUUUUUUAUCGAAUAAACUUUCGGUGCUACUUUUCAGAUCGUUGCGCAGAGUUUUGUAAAAAAAUUCGAUACAUUAAAAUUUGUAUAAAAAAAGGGAUAAGAUUUAAAUGACUAGUGUUUUUUUUGACACUACACAAUUGCUGUUACUUUGUCCAAGAGUAUAAAUUUG